GUGAGAGGACCAGAGGACCAGGAGUCAAUUAAGCUCCUCAACAUCCCCGACUGGAAGCUUCAGCCCUCAGCCGAGCCGAGCAGACCUGGCCCCGGCUGCUCCGGGUCUUCACCGACCAGCAACCUCCGCCUCUCUGUGCCGCAUUCCUGGGGGUGAAGUAGCCAGGUGUAUGCCAUGUGUAUCUACCCACCCGUGUAAUCAGUGGGCGUAAAGAGCGGGAGGACCGGAGCAGAGAGAUGUCUGCGCCGGGUUUCACCAACCUGAACAGCUCCGUCAGCUGCAGCCAGAACGGAGGAGCUGCACCUCCCUACCACCACAACGGUCCAGCACAGACAUACCAAUCCAUGCAUCCACCUGCAGGCUGCUACGGAGCCCCACCUCAACAACAGAGCUACCCCACCAUCCCUGCCGACUCCACUCCUUUCCCCAACAAAACACCCAUCAUGAACAGUGCCCACAGUGCUAACUACUACCAGAGCAACCACCAUCAGCAGCAGCAGCACCACCUCUCUCAGCAUCAUGUAGCACCCUCCUCAUACAGUGCAAGUUCUGCUCCUCCUUCUCAGCCAUAUGCCACCCUCCCCUCUUCGGCACCACCACCACCAUCAUCAAAUGCCCACUACAACCAACAGCCAUUCCAGCAGCAGCAGCAGCCACCGCAGCAGCCGCCACCAUAUGCCACUCCAGGAUCCUACUAUGGACAGCAGUCAUACCAAGCUCCCCCAGCACAACAGCAGCCCAGUUUGGUGCCUGCACCAUCUGGCGCCCCCGGAGCUCCCGUCUAUCCAAUUGUUUCGUACCCUUCUGCGCCAGGAAGUAGCCAAUACGGCACCCUGAGUUCCUCCCAGAGCACCUCCACGCAUGGAGUCAUGCCCACCCAGAUGGGCGCACCCCUACAUCAGUACAGCACCUCUCGGCCAGCCUCCACAACAGCAGCAGCGCAGCCUGGGUACAGUGUGGCUCCUCCUAGUCAACUGGCGCCGACAGUCAAUGGUCAAGGAAGCACAGUCCACCAACACUAUGACCAAAGCCACCAGGCUUCUCUGAGCUACGACUCCUACGGUGGGGUCAUUCACAGCAGUGGUGGCGCCGAGCGACCGCCCUCAGGAACCCCCUCCACUUCAGUCCAUUCCUCGCCGGGCCGCCACCAAGGCAUGCAGUAUGGAUAUGUUGCUAAUAGUGGAGCUAGCUCUGCCUCUGCCACCACCUCAGGCCCAGCCGCUGCCCCCUCGUCAUCCAGCUCUGAGGAUGAGGAUGAUGAUGAGGAGGAGGAUGAGGAAGCAGGUGGUGACACGUCGUCCUCCAGUACUGGCAGUGCCUCUCCGGUGCCCAACAGCUAUGAUUCCCUGGAAGGGGGCAGCUAUCCAGAUUCCAUGCCGCCCUCCGACGAUAUGACCAACCAGGCCGCGCCCUACAGUAGCUAUGGUUACCCCAGCAUGCAGCCGGACUAUGGGCAGGGACCGGCCUCCCAUGGUGACUCCGCCCCCUCUGAUGACCCGUACGGCCAGUCAAGCUACCAGCAGUACUCCCAGCCAUUCCCAAACAUGUCCCAGCUGUCUGCGGCCCUGGGGGGGCUGAGCGGGGUGCCAGAGCUGGAGGUGGAGGCCCUGAGGCCGAUCAACCUGCUGAUGGAGAGGAGCCUGCUGCCUCCCAGACCCCUUGAAGCCCCCGAACCGAACCUAAGCCCCGACCUCAAGAAGGUCAACUGUAAUCCACAGACAUUCAGGUGUACCCUGACCAGCAUCCCCCAGACCCAGGCUUUACUCAACAAGGCUAGACUCCCUCUGGGACUCCUCCUCCACCCCUUCAGAGACUUACAGCAGUUACCGGUGAUCACGUCGAACACGAUAGUGCGCUGUCGCUCCUGUCGCACCUACAUCAACCCGUUUGUGACCUUCCUGGACCAGCGCAGGUGGAAGUGCAACCUCUGUUACCGGGUCAAUGAUGUUCCAGAUGAGUUUAUGUACAACCCAGUCACCAGGUCGUAUGGCGAGCCCCAUAAGAGACCAGAGGUCCAAAACGCCACCGUGGAGUUCAUCGCCUCCUCAGACUACAUGUUGCGGCCUCCUCAGCCAGCGGCCUACCUGUUUGUCCUCGAUGUUUCACACAACGCUGUGGAAGCGGGCUACCUGAAGUACUUCUGUGAAUCACUUAUAGACAAUCUGGAUAAGUUGCCCGGGGAUACGCGCACCAGGGUGGGCUUCCUCACCUUCGACAACACCAUCCACUUCUACAACCUCCAGGAGGGACUCUCCCAGCCACAGAUGCUGGUUGUUUCGGACAUCGAUGAUGUCUUCAUACCGUCUCAUGACAGUCUAAUGGUGAACCUGAAGGAAAGCAAGGAGCUGGUGAAGGACCUGCUGACGUCACUGCCGGGCAUGUUCAGCCAGAGCAGGGAGACCCACAGCGCCCUAGGCCCGGCUUUACAAGCCGCCUUCAAGCUCAUGUCGCCCACCGGGGGCCGCGUCACGGUGUUCCAGACACAGCUGCCGACAAUAGGCGCCGGGUCGCUGCAGUCGAGAGAAGACCCCAACCAGCGCUCGAGCACCAAGGGAGUUCAGCACCUCGGCCCAGCCACUGACUUCUAUAAGAAACUCGCACUGGACUGUUCAGGACAACAGAUUGGGGUGGAUCUCUUCCUGCUCAGCUCCCAGUACAGUGACCUUGCCUCGCUAGCAUGUAUCUCCAAGUAUUCAGCGGGCAGCAUCUUUUACUACCCCUCCUUCCAUUACGUUCACAACCCGGCUCAGCUAGAGAAGUUCCAGAAAGAUCUGGAGCGCUACCUCACCAGGAAGAUCGGCUUUGAGGCGGUCAUGAGAAUACGAUGCACUAAAGGUUUAUCCAUCCACACGUUCCACGGUAACUUCUUUGUGCGCUCCACUGACCUGCUGUCCCUGGCCAAUGUGAACCCGGACUCUGCCUUCGCUGUCCAGAUGUCUAUUGAAGACUCUCUGGCAGACUCGUCUCUGGCCUGCUUCCAGGCUGCUCUGCUCUACACCUCCAGUAAAGGAAAAAGGCGAAUCCGGGUCCAUACUCUGUGUCUACCGGUGGUCAACCAACUGAGUGACGUGUACGCCGGAGCUGAUGUUCAGGCCAUCACUUGUCUGCUAGCCGAUAUGGCCAUCGACCGGUCGAUAACGUCCAGCCUGUCAGAUGCUCGUGAUGCGCUGACGAAUGCGGUGGUGGAUCUGGCGAGUGCCUACAAGAGCAACGUGUCCAACCUGCAGCAGUCCGGCCUCGUCGUCCCUUCGUCCAUGCGCCUCUUCCCCAUUUACAUCCUCGCUCUGCUCAAACAGAAAGCCUUGCGGACGGGCACCAGCACGCGGCUGGACGAGCGGGUCUUCGCCAUGUGCGAGUUCAAGACGCAGCCGCUGCAGCAGCUGAUGCGAAUGGUUCAUCCUGACCUUUACCGGCUGGACAACAUGUCUGACCAGAGGGCGCUCCAUCUGAACGACACAGUGGUUCCCCAGCCUCAUCUACUCCACCUGUCUGGUGACAAUGUGAGCAGAGAUGGAGCUUUCCUCAUGGACUGUGGAAACGUGUUUUAUCUGUGGAUCGGCAAAAGCUGCAACGAGAUCUUCAUCCGAGAUGUUCUGGGCUGCCCCAACUACGCUUCAAUACCCCCCAACAUGAGUCACAUUCCUGAGCUGGAGACUCUUCUGUCUGAGAGAGUGCGAGCGUUCCUCGACUGGCUGCAGGACAACAGAGCGUUCUGCUCCACGAUACACGUCGUCAAGGAUGACGCCUCGGCUAAAGCUACCAUCUUCCAGUACCUGGUGGAGGAUCGGUGCGAGUCGGCUUCAUCCUACCAUGAGUUCCUGCAGCACAUUCAGCAGCAAAUGUCCAAGUAGGCUCCAAUCACACAGAGAGAAACUUUGGCCGCUAGAAUCCGAAAACCAUGGAGAGAAAAGGAUUUCGGCCUCGUAGAGUGAAAACUAGCGUUAGAAACGACGGACACCCAUCGCUCCUUCAGACCAGUUUUAGGGAGAUGGGUUACCUCCAAACACUCUUAUUAAACAAAUCCACCCUCCGAGCUCAUUGGUCAGCCGGGAUAUGACCAUCAGAAGUGGAGGAGGGUGAUAGUUGUAGAAAAGAAUAAAGAGUUACAGAAAUAAAUAAAUGAAGAACUGGGAUUUUCAAAAUGAAUUAUUGAAAGAGCUCCUCCAGCAUCUCCUCGCUGCCUCUUAACCACUGUCUAACCCCCCCCGUUUAGCCUCUCGUCAAACCCUUCGCUGCUGAGAAAAGAAGGGGACAAUCGAGCCAAGAAGAUGCCACUUCAACACGUCUUUAGUUCGAUUUCGUGAGCCUCACAUGUAGCUAGUGCUGUCUUUUUUUAUUAUUAUUAUUAUUUUAUAAUUUAUUCCUCUCCUCACUCCCUCAGUUUUAUUUUAAGACUUUUUAAUACACUGGAGAACAGAAACAAGCAUUCUGUUGUUUUUUCGGCAUGAAAUACGAAACGCAUGUCACCGUUUUGUUCGCUGCUAGUCUGAGCAUAGACGACAACCGUCUGUGUAACGGGAAUAUAAUUCGACAGUGGUUGGAUGUUGAAAACCCCCCCUGUUGGCUCCCUCUUCUCUCCUCCACUGUGUGAACUCCUGAUUUGUCAAGAUCAAAAUCCCCCCACUGUCAAUCUUCUAAUUUGUUUUAUUUUUUCCAGGCGCUAACUGAAAUUGCUAUCCACUUUGUAACUAUUGAAAAAAAGAAUCUUUUAUGUGCGAUAAUUUAUGAACCAGCUUAUUAAAUAAAAAACAAAAACAGGA